AUGCGCCUGGCAAAGGCGGCGACGUCGCCUCUCGCCAGGUUGAGCCUCCACGGGGAGCGCCCGAGCCUGGCGCUGCCUCUGGCUGCGGGGGCUCUGGCACUGGGCGCUGCGGCGCUCUCCCCAGUUCAGGCAAAAGAACAGAAGACGCGACAGCAGGUCUUCGCCUGGGGCCGCGCUCAAGCCCACCCGGGCGGGUCCUCGAGCGACGUGCUGUGGCCGCGGCGGGUGGAGUGGUUCGAAGAAAACCCCCACGGCUGGAAGAAGGUGGCCUUCGGCCCCGACUUCGGCGCGGCCUUAGACAAGCGUGGGCAGCUCUUUGUCUGGGGCGCUGGGCCUGUGGCUGGCUCCUUCAUAGGUCCGCUCAAAGUGGACGUGCAGGGCGACGGCAGGGGCCAAGGCCUUGAGGAUGUCCAGCUGUCUUCGAAGAAGAUGUUCGCCCUGACACGGCGCGGUGAUGCUCUAGUCUUCGAGGGCUUCGUCGAGGAGCUCCUGAAACGCGGGGCGCCGGCUGCCGAGGCAGCCGAGGCGGCCGCAGCGGCCAAGGAGGCGGACGAGGAGGCGCGGCCGGCACUGGAGGCGGCGGCAGCAGAGGCAGCGCGCCGUGCUGCGGAGGCUUCCAAAGCCUCCAAGCAGCCCCUUCGGCUGACAGCGCAGGCAGUGCCAGGCCUGCCCCGUGCAGGUCUGCUUGGCAGCCUCUGGGGGUACAAGGGCCGAGUGAAGUCGAUGAGCAUCGGCCUCGAGCACGGCUGCUUCGUAACGCGGCAUGGGCAGCUGUACUGCGUCGGCGGCAACGAGUGGGGCCAGUGUGCAGUGCAGCCACCCAAGCAGCGUGGGCCUUCGGGAGCCUUGGAUGAGCGCACCCACUCGGAGGUCGAGUUCCCGGUGCUCGUCGAGUUUCCGCCGAAGACGCCGAAGAUUGUAUCCGUGCAGGUUGGCGGCCGCCACACCGUCGCUCAAGAUGCCAAAGGAAACUGCCAUGCCUUCGGCGAUGACCGGCGUAUCCAGCUCGGUCUUGGUGACACGCGCUCCGGUGGAAAUGAUGAGCGACACGCCUACGGCGUUCUGCACCAGGAUGCCCUGGGUGGGAAGAAGGUGAAGGGCGACAUCCCGAGAGCCGUCACCUACCGCUACUACGAUCCCCACCUUCAGAGCAAACCGGUGAAGCAGGUGCCGCCUUUGGCAGUGAACCGCCCUGAGUACCCACCGGCAUCGGCGAUCACUUGCGGGGAGGACUUCACCGUGGGUGUCUUCCGAGACAGCCCGGACUGGUAUGCGGAGUCUCAGACGACCAAUGUGAUCUUCGCCUGCGGCGAGAACGGCAUUGGCCAAUGUGGCCGCAGCAUGGCGCAGCAGCAGCAGGCUUGGGGCCAAGUCCGGCUACCAAAGCACAGCUAUGUGGAGUCCGUGACCUGCGGCCAGGCGCACUGCCUGGCAUUGAUGCGGGACGGCCAGGUCUUUUCCUGGGGAGGCAACCCACAGGGACAGGUCGGCAACGGCAAGCGGGCUUUGGUGCAGAGACCUGUUCGCGUCACGCAGCAACCGAAACUGCCAGAGGAGCUGUCACACCUGGCGGACCCAAACCGGCCUGCUACCGUGACCCCUGCUGACAUCUACAAGCAGGUCGCGUAUCAGCAUGUGGCGAGCCGGAUGUCCAACGACCUCAGCCAGACUGACGCGCCACCCAUGCCCGUACCCGUGGACUUACCCGGGAGGGUGGUCUCGCUCGCCUGCGGUUUUCGAAGCAGCGCUGUGAUAUGUGAAGUGCCGGACGCAGCGUGA